UGCAUCCACUCUUUGUGUUCUCCCAAAUUCUAUACUUCUGAACUCUUCAUGUCCUUUUUUUCCUCUUUCCAAAUUUAUUUCACUGGAUUAUACUCGUUGAAUAACAUCCUCAAACCCUAAUGCUUCCGAUUACUGCUUAUACUUUUACUACCUCUACCACAAUGGGAUUUGAACCGACAACUGCAGCUUUGUGCUAAUGUGAUAUGGCAACUCGGACUGAUGUACGUACGUACAAAGUUCUACGUUGUUACUGACUGACUGAAUGAACGAUAACCGUACUAAACACCAGGCGCUCAUUUGAAGUAAUCAGGUUUUAAGGCUUUACGAGGUUAGAUGUAUCAUUAUAGAGUAAAGUUAUAAAAUACUUCGAUGGUUAUCGCCUGAGGUGUCAUACUGAAUCCAGUGAAAUAGAUGAGGUUUUCAUUCCUCUUAUCUGCUUACACUUGUGGUGUAUGCUACUUAUGUCUGUCGACAUAUGUAGUAUAUAACACCAGUUAGAGUUUGAAUGACUGUCAAAAGAGGGUUGAGAAGAUAGUACUGAAAAAACAAAGGAAUUGUGGAUUUUAAAAAUCAUGAAGGAUGUAAAGGACAAUUGAUGGAAGAUUUGCGAAUGAAGUAUUUGAUGUAUGGUUUUCACAUUUUACGAAAGAACUUGGUAAUUUUGUGUUAAGGAAUAAAUUGGUUAUCCUCAUAUGAAUUCUCGUUCAUUACACAUUUAAUAACUAGUAAUUCUGAUUGACAAUAAGGUGGAAAAUGAUCUGAAAAUCAACCAAGAUUAUGUCGUUAGUAUAUAGGGUCACUGGCUGUUUUGCUUUUAAGCGUUAACACAUUCCCUUAAAUCACUCAUAUUUGGACAAAAUGGAUUUAAUUUAAUUUACUUCGGAGAAUAUUGUCACAUUUUGUGGAAGGUAUAGGUUAUCAUUUCGGUGUUUCCAUAGAUAUUUUCUCUCUAAAAGCAUUUCAAUUAAGUGUUGCUAGGGUUUUUGACAAUUCAAACUGUUAUGCAUAUUUAUUUCCAGGUUAAAUGUCAAAAGCACCAAAAGAAAAAGAAAUUGGCACAACUCGCUUGCAGCUUUUGGUUGACAAAAUUACUACAUCUGGUUCCAAUAACGUUGAUUGUUCACUCGUUGAAGAGACCAUAAAUAUAUGCAGCAAGUCAAGUUCUACUGUUUCUGAUUUAUUUCGAUUUGCUACUGUUCAAUUACGCCGUAAUCAUGCUCAGAUUCGACUUGGCGUGUUAAGAUUACUUAGAUUAUUAUCUUCUCCCCAAGCGAUCGUUCGUCAGUUAACCUUGAGUAUGAAUGAUGCGAUCAAAUUCAUUCCUUUAGCGAAAUGUCUUCGUAACUUGAUUUUAGAUAAUUUACAGGAUACUUUUUCAUAUAUUGUACAGCUAGAAUCAUAUUCUGCAUCUAUGCUUUUACCAAAAGAAGCCGCUAAAGAAUUACAGUUUGAAGGAAUAGAACUUCUGCUUGAUUGGGAGUAUGAAUUGGAACAAGGACAUUUUGAUGUUACUCCUUGGAAUCCUGACCCAUCCUCGCUCCUAUCAUGGGUACCACCACAGAGAGCCAAAGGUCAAUUGAAAGCAUUUAUAAAUUUUCUCAAUUUGGAUAGUCGGCCUUUGGGUAACGGUGGUUCUGGAUAUUGUCCAACAAAACAACUAAUAAAAAAGAUACAAGAACAACGUGAACAAAAGUCUCAAUUGUUCAAGAGUGAAGUAAUAAAAUCUCAACGCCUUCUUAAUGAUUGCCUGAAUGAAAUCGAAGAAUGUAGCGAAUCGGUUGAAGAAAAUUUAGUCUCCUUGUCAACUAUAUUAAAUAUACUGGUUCCCAAUCCAACGUCUGAGUCUAAUGAAAUCGAUAAAAUGGAAAUAAUCGAAAAUCAAUCAGAGACUGACCAUAAGUCCAUGACAACCAUGAACUCAUUUGAUUCUUUACGUUUGCAUGGAUGUCUUCCUGGAAGUUCAAGUGGUUUCGGUUUGGGCUCUACACUUACUAUUGAAAUUCAGUUGCCUUGUAAUAGUCAAGUUAAUUCAUCUAGAGCUUCAUUCGAACCAAAAAUUUAUAUUAAACGUUCGACAGAAACAAAAGAAUUAGAAGAGUCAGCUACAACUUCCGCUCGUUUAGCAGCAGAAAAACACAGACCUAAGCUUACGAAUUACUUGCAAACUUUGGAAAGUACUCACUCAAUGAAUUUUGCUGCAAAACUUUCUUCUAAACGAAAUGAAAAAAUCGAAAUUCUUAAACAGUGGAUUAGUCGAAUACAAACUCUGACAUCUUUAUUCUAUGAUCGAAUCGAGUUCAUUGAUAGCGAACCAAUCCAUCGCAUAAAUAAUCUUGCCCGUACUCCUUCUAUCUCUAGUGAUGACAGUGAUUUUGAAGAGGUAGUCAGCACUACGUCAAAUACUGGUAAAUCACUAUGUUACCCAAGUUCAUUACACGAAAAUUUAUCAUGCAGAAGAAUAGAAUCUAUUAACUCUAGAAGUCUGUCCGUUGUUAGUAGUGAUCUCAACCGACAGAUGGUCCAGUUAACAAAUGAAGAUCAACCGAAGUUUCAAAAACAUGGGACCAUUGUAAGCAGUCCAACACAAAACUUUGUUUCUUGCGAUGUCACAACAAACCCUCAUACUGCAUCUUGGAGGGAUAGCGAAUCUGUUCAUCGUUUUUGGAAACCCAUUGAUCCAGACGAAUAUAGCAGACCAAAAGAGUAUCUUGAUUCAGCUGUUUCAUGGUUUUCAACGAAUGAUACUCAAUGUAGUCCUCCAAAUAUUCAUUCUGAAUCUGCAAACACAUUUGAAUUUACGAAAAAUGAGAUCAAAGACACCGACUUCACGGUAGCUCCUCGACAACUGUUCUGUUGGGCUCCCUUGUUGUCUGGUUCAUUAUGCCAUCGAUGUGAUUCAAGCGGUCGAUGUCCUAUACAUGGCAGAAUUGUUAAACGUGACAAAAUAACUGGAAGACCGAUUAGUAUGAAUGACCGAAAACUUAUCCAAGCAGAAAUGGAAUCUAAAAGGUUGGCUAGACAAAAAAAACUAGAUGAAGAAAUUAAGAAAAAAGCUAGGAGACAUUAUCCAGGUCUUGCUAAUAUAUCAAAGAAAGAGGUAGGUGUCCGUGGGCGCCUGGAGGCACAAGUAAUAAAAAAGAAAACUUUACGGAAGCGUUCAUGA